GGGUAGCCACUAAAUGUAUGGAGUUGCGGGGAAUGGACUUUUGGAGUACCUCGUACUUCCACAAUGUCAUGUACCAUGUACUCUUUAACUUGGGUACGAUACCGUACCUUGUACUAGUACCCUAUCGGCAGUGUCAAUAACGUGUAUGUGUAGACUAAUAAAGCACCGCACCACGCCAUAAGUGCCACAUGUACAUCGUACCGGUACCGCUGUGGGUGGUCUUAUAAAAUUGUUCUGCCGGAUUGAAGAUCGAGGCCAUUCUUUCAAACCUGAGGCAUUCACAGCCACAACCACGAUGGACCCUAAACUCGAGGCCGAGAAACAACAACUUCAGGCGCUGCCGAUGACAGCGGGGUCAGAGAAAGACGCCUUGGAUGCUACUAACACCAACGAUUACACACCUGAGAUGGACUCCUCAGCUACUACCAGAGACACCCGGCCCGUUGCUAAGGGAGGGAUGAGUUGGUUGAGCGAUGCAUCCGCAACAAAGAGACGGCUUGAGAACGUGACGGAGGACGCUUGCAUACGGCUUUCCCAAGACAUGCAGUUGUCGACACUCAAGCCUGUCGCCACAUCGAAGACUGACCCAGAUACAGAAGCCUCGAUGGAGAUGCCUGCAAGGAUGGCAAAGGAGGAUUUCAUCGGAGAACAAACUGAUACCGGUAUCUCACCACUGCCUUCGGAGGAUUUGUCGAAUCGACUACGUUGGUCAGGAAACUCAAACCCAGGAGCAUUUGCUAUUGAUGGCAUUGGCGGGGAAUGCGCCACAGUAUUAACAACGGAUGACACCGUAGCUGCAGGCAACCAUGAUGAACUCGAGGAGGCAAGUCCAAGUCCAAGCCCCGAUCCGAUUGGCGAGACGCUAGUUAUAGCAGAGCUUGCUGUGGACCGUGAUGACGAGCUAGAGGCCAAGGAAAAGGAGAACCAAGAAUUGCGAGCAGAGUUGCAGCGACUGGCAGCUGGUGUGCCUGUCGCCCAGGGAGUGGUUGACCUAGAAAUGGGCGACACGAUCCCAGCCAAGGAGCAAGAGGCAAACGAAUACAAUGGAUCCUCCGGGUGGGGUGGAAAGAUGCUGAAGCUGGUUGGAUUUGUACUAGUAGUAGCGCUGGUUUCGGCUGUUCUCGCAGCUAUCGCAGCUUCAAAGACCAACAAGGACAGGGAAGCAGGGGGCAGAUCCAUCCUGGGGCUUCAGCCUGUUCUUGAAACGAUCAGGAAGAAUGGCGUUGUGCGAUGUCGUGCGGAGACUUUUGAAGUGAAGCAAGGUUUUGGAUUUACUAUUGACUUGUGUCAUGCCUUGGCAGCGGCAAUCUUUGACGACGCAUCGAAGGUAACCUUUCCCAUCAUUCAGUUCCGACAGCAGUUUGCAGCAAUCGCCAAUGGGACAGUGGAUGUAUCCACAACACUCAACACGAACAACAUGGAGCGAGACGUUUAUCACAUGGAAUCCGGACAUGGUUUUACCUUCUCAGAUCCCUUUUACUUCUCCCAAAUGACGUUUGGAGGUAUUCCAGAAUAUGUUGACUGUGUCGAUCGGGAAGACAGCUUUGAAGGCAUUUGCCGGGAUCUGCAGAUCUGUGUCAUUGCUCACACAACAGGCCAGGACACGCUUGACAAAUUCAUGCCAGGGUCUGCACAGUUGCUUGUCGAGAAUGGUGUGGCUGUGGUCGAAAACUUUGCCAAUGGAAACUGCAAUGUAAUGACUGGAGUCUAUGUGGAAAUCAAUGAAAAGAGGAUCAGAGAGAAUGGCUACACGGGAGAGUACAAGUUCUCUGAGAGAGGGUCAUGGUCUUCUGAGCCACUGGCCAUGAUCACAAGGCAGAGUGAUGCAGAAUGGUCUGACUUUGUCAAUCUAAUCCUUCGAUCACUCAUCGCGGCAGAUGCACUCAACAUCACCCAAGAAACAGCAAGGAUGUUUCCCAAAUCAAACCGCUUUGGUGAAGACUAUCGAGAUAUGUUCAUCCGUGCAAUUGGAGCUGUAGGGAACUACGGAGAAAUUUACGCCCGCCACUAUGAGGAGAAAGUUCCUCGGUCUGGUAUGAAUAGGAUAAGCGUCAACGGAGACCCUGAACUGGGUGGAGUUUUGUAUGCAAAUCCCUUUGGAGAUCUGCUGAUUGACGAGAGUUUGCAGCAGCAUGUGUUACCGGGCCCCAUUGAAAAUGGUACCAUGGAAGCUGUGCGAGAGAGAGGCCAUCUUCGCUGUGGUUUGGCUAGUGAACGCAAGGGCUUCGCCGAAUACAACGAGACUUCCGGGUUGUGGUCAGGGCUAGACAUUGAGUUUUGCAAAGCCAUUGCAGCGUCCAUGUUUGCAGGCAGAGUUGAUGGAGUAGUUCAGUAUUGGAAUUCGAAGAAUGACACCACAGCGCAACUCAAAGCGCUUUCUGAUGGACAUGUUGAUGUCCUAGUGGGUGGAUACGUGAGACUAUCAUGGCUGGAAGCAAACCAAAAGCUUACCUUCAGCCCUGCAUACUUUUUUGAGUCAGACGGAGCUGGACGAACAAUGAUGACGAGCAAACAAGAUCCGCAGUGGUCAGAUCUAGUGAGGUGGGUGCAUCAGGGCACAAUCUAUGCUGAAAGCAGCGGUAUUGCACGAGGCAAUGCUGCAGAGAUGCCACCCGUUGAGCUUUUUGGAUCCCAAUACAGGCAAUUGUUCAGGGACAUGAUCAGAGCAACGGGAAACUACAAGGAGAUGUACAUGGGAACACUUGAGCAGCACAUUCCUCGUCAAGGACGAAACUUGCUAAGCACAGGAAACGAUCCUGGCCUUAUUGUCAAUUCCUUUGAUGAGGCGUGAUCUCCUGGCAGGCUUGGUUUCAGUGUGUACAAAUAGAAGCGAACUAUUGUAAAAUAGCCUGAAGGAUUAUAGCUGCUGCCUUUACUUGCUGUGGUGUUGCAGCACAAGUGCUUAAACCAGGUCCAAAACAUGCCAAAAUGGGACAAGCAAGGGCGAGGGGGUGCGGGUAGCUAUAGUGCCAGUCCAGCAAGUUUUUGCGUCGAGGGAUGCUCUGCUCUACCAUGAGAGGCAGGGGCAUGUUCAAGAUCAAGCAAGUAGCCACAAUUGGCAAGCACAAAACGAGAGAAGUUUUCAUGUACCAGUAUUCCGGGAAACGAUAUAACUGCGCAACGACGAACGGCAUAUUUGGUAUCUUGGCUUCCUGCUGUGGCGAGGUUUAGAGUUCCCAAACUAGACUGGCAAAAGUCCAGAAAACUGUUUGCGGCCCUCUGCCCUCUACUAUUAAUGGAGCCCGUCUUAGCACGGAUUAAGAACGAUGCUUCCUGGCUCUUCACGCGAUGGCGAAACCACUUGCAUUCUGGUCCAGGGAGGAUCCAUCACCUGUAUCUUUUUCAUCUUUCAACACCGACUGACCUCUUCCCAGCGACUAGGAGCCCCCCGGUUGUUGGCCCGUCGGUCCCAUCGAUUGACAGCCUGUUUGUGGCAAUGGUUCAAACCUUUUUGCGCUUGUUGGUGUCCAGGACAAGAUUUGGUCCCGCAUCAAAACUUGUGUGUGUUGUGUGUUGGCCAUUAAUUGCUCUAGCUUGCUCACUGUUUUUCUGUUUUUACCAUUUGUGCUACUAGGUAUCUCCAAAUGGUCGUUUACUAGAAAGCCAGCCAGAAAGGGAAGGACGAGAGACCAAAGG